AUGAAGCGGACCGCCACAGCAGCAAGCCUCACGUCAGGGGCAAAGAGCACGAAGAAGCCCCGGCCAGCGGUUCCUGAGUAUCAUCUUACAACUUCAGUGAGAAAUGAGGACGGAAGUAUCGUGUGGCCGGCGCCGGAGGACAAGAUGGAGGCAGCGAGGAGUUUCAUUCGUGAAUGCGUCGCCGCCGGCAAAUCUACGCUCAUAAUCCCCGAUAAAGACGCGGACGGUCUCACAUCCGGCGUAAUCCUACACCGCACCCUUGUUCUCCUCGGCCUUGAUCCUUCUCUCAUCUCAUCCUACCAUCCCCCCAAAGGCACAAACAUCCACGAUGCCUCCUGUCGCGAGGCAAUGUCAUCACAUAACCCGGCCUACAUCUUCGUCCUGGACCAAGGAUCCCGCCCCGGGCCACGUCUCAUCGACGCGCCCCAUCGUGGGAUAGUGAUAGACCACCACCACGCCCUGGAGGACGACCAUCCGGAAGACUCACUCCACGUUACGGCUUGCAACUCGCCCCCAGUAGCAACCAGCUCACUCCUCACUUACCUCAUCUGCCGGGAGCUACACGAGGGCGUACAAGAAGCUUGCGACUGGCUGUGCGCGAUGGGCACGCACGGCGACCUCGGCAAUACCUUGAAGUGGGAGCCGCCCUUCCCGGACAUGAAGCCUACCUUCAAGACGUACACCAAAAAGGCCAUCAACGACGCCGUUAGCCUCAUCAACGCGCCGCGCAGGACGGCAUCUUACGAUGUCCCAGGCGCAUGGGACGCUCUUCUCGCCGCCAAAUCCCCCAAAGACUUGCUCUCAAACAAAACUCUCCUCGCGGCGAGGGCGGACGUGAACGCAGAGGUGGAACGGUGCACCCAUACGCCUCCGAAGUUCUCCUCUGACGGACGGGUGGCCGUCUUCCGCAUCAGCUCCCAGGCGCAGGUUCACCCGGUCAUUGCAACGCGCUGGGCGGGCCACCUGUCUUCGGCCAGGCUGGAGGUUGUGCUGGUUGCGAACGAGGGCUAUCUACCUGAUUUGGUCAACUUCUCGUGCCGUAUACCGCGUUGUGCGAGGGCGAAAGAGCCGCCAGUGAACAUCAUCGAGGUGUUGAACGAGGUUGCUGCCAAGUCGGAAGACGCAACCCUGCGAGAGAGGCUGGGACACUCGUUUGCGAGGGGUCAUAAGGAAGCUAGCGGAGGCAUCGUACCGAAGGCCGAGUUUGAGGAGCUGAUGGCCGUGAUGAAGGUUGGGAAGAAGGUCGAACGGGAGUCACCAAAGAAAGCGAGAGACAAGCCGGCACAGGGGAAUACUUUGUUGAAUUACUUUGGCAAAAGCUGA